UAUUAUAAAUUGAUUACUGAAAUAUUUGUCACAUUUACAAUAACUUUUAAAUAUGAGAGCCAAAUAAAAGUGAACUGAAGGAUCCAGGUGCCUAUAUUCUUUAAUUUAUAUCACAAAAUUACUUAUGAAAUCAGUUACACAUAUACAUAAUUUAAAAAAAUUCUAGACAACAUUACAAGAAGAAAUGUUUGAAACAAAUAUAUCUGAUAUCUUAGAAUUAGUCCAUCAUACAAAUAAUAUAGUUUUACUUACAAAAGCAUUCUACUCUUUAGGUUUAUAUCUACUUUCCCAGGAAAAUGGAUGUGAUCAAAUAAUCAAAUGCAGAUAUCUAUACGAUAAGAUUUUACUCGUUUUAAAUUGUUGUUUGCAAACAAAAGUGUCUGUGGCUCUAGAUUUUAUAUCCGUUUUACUUUCAUUCGGAGACGAUGAAGGUUACAGUAAAAAACAAACUCUGCAGAUUUACGUCCGAAACAUGAUAAGAACAAGUGGCUGUUUAGCCGCGAUGUGUAAUCUAUUUACGAGUUGCAUGAUGCAGCGCGCUCCUCUGCGGUCUCUGUGCGUGUCGUUGUCUAUGUGCGCUCGCUGGUCUCAGAGUCUGUGUGCACACCUCGUGCCGCUGUGUAUCGUAAAAUGUAACCAAGAAUAUACGGAAAUAUAUUUACUACUGCAGAGUCUGUUAAAGGGCAAUGACCGAAACAUUCAGCUUUUUCACGAAUGCAGCGGAAUGAGUUUAUUUACGAGGGAGUCGUUACAGAGUCCGGAGUGUCUGUUUCUUCUCAGUACUAUAACUGACAACACCAGCCAAGAAAACAUAACAAUGUUAAAUAGAUCGCCUCAAGUUUUUCAAAUUGUUGAAACUUUGCUAAUGACAUUUGGCCCACAAUCAAUUAUAGGACAAUGGUCUUCAAUAAUUUUAUAUUCAAAGCGAAAAGCUGGGAUUAAUUUAGGAGGGUAUGUUGCAAAUCCUAGAGCAAAACAAAAAUAUGGACCAGAGACAACAAAUGUAUUACAAGAUAAACCGUUCACAGACAAUGAAAACGAUACAAGGAACUUAUUUCGUAACGUGUACAAAGAAAUUAUGACGUUACAGAGAGAAAGUAACAUAAAUAAUAAAAAACAUACAAAUCCAUAUUUUAAAAAAUCAGUACAACAGAAAUAUAACGAUAUAAAUGGAAACAAUUUUGAAGCAAUAACAAAACAAUUCACAAAAAACAACACUAACGAAUACGGCGCGGGAACAUUUUCACGUCCUUUUGAAAAAAAUAUUCCAAAUAGUAAUAAAACAAUAGAAAUGUCGUUUUCAUUUUUGCGUAAAGCGAAUGAAGAUACGUUUACUAAUAUAAGAACUUUUGACGAUACUCGUAGCAAUAAGUUAAGGUCAAAGAACUUUCUAGAACAAUCAGGAAGAAACUAUAUUAAGACGCAACCCACCAGAGAUAUGUCCCAAUCCAACGGAACUGGCAAUGUUGGAAAUAACACGAUAUUAGAUUUCAAGCCUCCAUUUGUUUCGACUCCGAAACAAGCUAAAAUAUCCAAUAAAAUACAUUCGUCAAGUUCUCUGUUCAUAAGAACUCCACUAUCUAUCAAUACAAAAACGACACAAGUUCGCGACACAAAACAAGAGAAGUGUCAACAGACUAAAGCUAAGCAGGACAAUAUCAGACAGAGUCAGAAUAAAACAAUGAGCGCCAAAUUUUUCAACCUCAUAAACGGUUCUUGCACGACACUUGUGAAAAGCUUCAUCAACAUAGGAAACAUAUUCAAAGGAAGGUCAAUGACACUCGUCAAUACGGAUAACACGGACCCCAGCGAGAGCGAGCCAUCGUGUAGUUACAGCUUCACAGAAUACAUGCGGGGGAGAGAUAUUAUGGAGGAAAUACAUGAAAAGUAUGAAGGCGAUGCGGCGGACAUCUCGAACAUUGACUGUAACACGUGCAACGACACCGCGUUGCUCAGGCAGAAACUGGCACGCGACGCGGCGCUCCAGGGCACUGUCAAGAGACUUAAGAUCGGCAUCAAUUUGUAUGGCUGCGAUUUUAAGAGAAUAUCCAGAAAAAUGUGGCCGAGAGAAACUUACAUGACCCCGUCGGUGCUUUACAAUCUGUAUCGCAAACUUCUCGUAAAAUAA